ACGACGACGUCCCCCGCCCUGGAAAGUGCACUGCUGACACACACAGGACAUCCCAUUGCAAGCAAGACAAGAUAGAAAGAAGACAACCCACGUGCGACACCAGUAAAGUCGCCUGGAUAAGAUUGUAGUGUAGUAUGCUCUCGAGGAAGCAGCAGUGGGUCCGGGUUAGGGCCCCGGGAAUCGCCCGCAGACGACAUACUAGGCAACGACAGGAUGCCAAAGGUGAUGAUGAUGAUUCGACGGCGGCGGCGAGGGCGGAAGCACGGCCGGUGGCAGGGGUCGGUGGCAUCGGCGAGGACUACGAUGAGCGGAGCCCAAGGAGCGUGUCUUUCGACAAGGCGGAGGCUCGUGUGAUCUUCGUCCCGACGAGGAGCGAGCUCAAAGCUCGCGAGGAUCUCUGUCACCAACAACGCUACCACCAGCAACAUGAUCACCUGCACGAUUUAGGAGGACGAGUUGAUUGCGACGGUGGCGAUGGCGGCGGCUGCAACGAGGGAAUUUGGUGGACGAGGAAGGACUGCGCGCGGUUUCGAAGGUCUUUUCGUCGUCAGUUGUGCGCCGAGAACCUCCAAGCUGAGCUUAAGUCGUUCCUGUGCCCUACCGAGUUGGUGUUCAGAAUCGGCCGUGGAGACGAGCUCCUCGAAGACGAGAUGAUGAUGCGGAAGAAGCAAGAAGAGGAGGACGACCCACGAAGGAGGGGAGAGGAUGGGGUUGUUGUUGGUAGUGCUGCCAACGCUGGUGGUAGCGAUUGCGAAGGUGGUAGCGGCGGCAGGAGGUCUACGAUGGUCAGCCACUAGGGUCCCCUACUCUAUUUCCAGGUGAAUCAACCGAAAGAGCUUCGGGUGCCGGGCGCCCGGAUUCAGCGUGUAGUUGCAAGACAAAACCGCAAGCAAAUGGCCACUCGAUCCGUCAUGCAGCGCUCGAAAGCUCCAUGGUCUGGUUGCCAGCACCUCACGAGCUGUGAGCGUGGUACCUACGGCGUUUAUAGGCGACGUAGACGUUCACACCCUCUGAUGCGAGAAACGGCCUUGGUGGCUUAUAUUAGGUUGGAGGGUUUGAAUCGGCCCCAGCAGCAGCAGCAGCGCCGGUGGCGGUAGAGCUGCUGGAAGGUGUUUUGGGUAUCAUGUGUUUUUUGUUUGUGUUUUCUGGCUGCUGUUGUGCGGCAUUUUUUUUUUGUUGUUUCGAGAGGUGACAUCAUGAACCGUGGGUGACGUCAUCGGUCGACCAUAGAUUUGUCGAACAUGGGAAAUCUCCUUUCAAAAAUAUUGGCCAAUCAGAAAACUUCGGCUGCCGUGUCCUCAUUUUUAUUCGGAACGCCUCGUCUCUGGCCCACGGGGAGCUUUUCGGUCUCGAUCGUCGGCGAACACACGAAUGGGUUUCUACAAUUGGCACGUUUUUUUGUGAGAGUAUCCUAACCCUGGUUUUACGGCAGUACUUGCUCUGGUGCGUGCAUCAAGUAUGUGGGCCUUGUAGCAUGUGUGCAUAUAUAUAGGCCGUUGUUGACGGUUUCUGGAAUUGUCGUGUUAUUUCAAGAGCAGUACACGGGAUAUUGCUCUCACGCGUGUUUGAAUAUAUGCACUUGUGUAUGCAUACGUUGUUGUUGGCGUAGGUGUCGUUGUCGUUUUCAUACAAAAUCGUGUUUGAAAGCGAACAAUUCAGUGCAAGUUUUUCCAUCCUCUAUAAGGGCGCGACCUGAGCAUGCCUACGUGUGCUUGUAUUUAUAUGAUUAGCAUCGACCGCGCUAGCCAGCUGUGUGCUUGUGUGCGCAUGUCUGUGCUCUUUGUUUGAAGGGUAGGUGUGGGAGAACCACGACAUUAGCGUAGGUCUGUUGGUUCAUGCACUCUUGUGUGUUCUGGGGGCGGUGUACGUCUGCACUCCUCUCGUUGCCGCGGAGGUGGGUACAGGCGGCCGGCUGUUUGUUGGAGGAGGUUGCACGCUGGUUCCUCCACGUCAUGGUGUCUGGCUGCAGCAUGAACUCCCGCACCCCCACGAUGAGGCGCGCUGAAUCAUUCUUCAUGUAUCCGGGUGGGGGUAGUGGCACAGCUUCCUCUAGCAAAGAAGGGUGCAGUGUCAUCCGUGGGUUGUGCAGUUGGGUUAACUCGUCGGUCUCCGUGCCCACAAUUUGUAGUAUGUGUUUCUGGGGAAACGUCAUGGGCGGUGCGAACCCGGCGGUGACCCCACCUCGGUCAUAAUGAUAGCAAUGUUUUCAUUUGUUCUUCGUCAGUGGUUUUUGAUGCUGCAUGUUUGUGCCAUGUUGCGUGGGCUCGCGUGUUGAGUGGGAGAAAAUGGUGUAGAAGUGCUGUAACCAUUGUUGUUGCACAUACAAAAGUAGGAGCAAGAUACGAUCCGAACGGAGUAUCUUACUGAUGGUUGAUCAGCAAGAGACCCAACUAUGGAUGCGUCCCUCUUAGCCCCACCUGUGGAGCUUGGGAAUCCGAGACGCUUGGGCUUGGUCUCCCUCGCCCCUUCGGCGGCACUCUCUCUUUUGUCCCUCUCUUUUGAGACCCUCUCCUCUCUUAAUCUCAACGAAGAGAACUGCCAGCCCUUAGUAGUGGGUAAAGACUACUGCGACCUGGGCCUCCCCCCAACGAGGGAAGCCUGUGUCCUUAUUUGUUCUCUUUUUUCUUUAUUGCCAAGUACUCUCCCUUCUUCCCCUCGCUCCUCGACAAGCUUUUGCUUAGACAUGGGUUGUAGUGAAGGGGGGGGUCUUUCUGGCGAGCAGGGCUAGACUCACCCUCAAGGGACGACUGAAACCUUCUUGCUGCUGCGCAUCCGCCGCGAGGCGUGCGUGUGGUGGUGGAGUUGGGUCGGCACUGAUGGGGUCAGGCGGGAAAAUGUAGAUGCGCGGGCCUUUCUGGCCGUCGGCGUUGGCAGUGAUGCCCAUCUCAUUUUUGUGCGCGGAGGCAGACACCAUCAGAAAGGUGAACGGGCACUACACGGCCCUAGGUUUUCUAGAGGGAGCUGUAUUGCCUCAGUAACUUGGCUUCGCCAUCAAAGGAGGAGGGAGCAGGUGGCGACGAGCUGAACUAGGCUGGUUGACCAUUCGGCGCGAGAAUUUUUAUUUUUUUCAGACCAAGAACCUUGAGUGCAAUGAGGGAGAAAGCGAGGAACGGACUGGGAAGGACAGCAACGAGAGCGUGUGCGGACGGAGCAGGUCGAAUGGUGUUUUGCUUGGGCUGACUACAGCGGCGCCGGAUGGAGCAGUGGCACCGGAGUAUGCGGGCGACAUCGACCCGUGGCGCACGGACAAACAUUUCUAUCUGUGUUGUCAACUUUUUUCGUUUUUUUUCUGACUUUCCGUGUUGGUUUUGUGUGAUGACAUCGUCACCGGUUUUGUAGAGAGACCCGUCAGAGAUGGCGUGGCUAACCCGGGUGCAUUGGUUUUGUGCCUGAUCGUGGAAGACCCCUUCAAUGUGGAACGAUUCUUAGCUAGUGUCGAUAUUUUUCACUGCAGUGCCUAACACAGACGAUCGGGAGAGAUUCGGGUGAUUGUCAAUUGCUGCUAUGAUGGCUUUGGUUGGUUGUUCUUUUUCACUGUACGGCCGCAGACACAUUCUGACAGCACUUCAGACAGCAGCUUUGUGCCCCGCCAGCUGCUUGUUCCAUGCCUACCAUGGUGUUUUUGUACAGACAGCACUUCAGACAGCAGUAUGCUGUAGUCGGCAAUCUUCCGUUUUGGUAUAGAGUGGGACAGGGAGGGGGUGAUGCUACUGCUGUAGUCGAACGGUGGGACGGACGUGCAGUUCAGUUUUUGGGCACGCAUACGGUGCUGCAGGGAUUGUUAGGUUUACCUCUUCGGGCUCUUGGAUACCUGUUUCUCGUUAUAUGUGUGCGUGUUCUUUAGAUCCU